AUGACUGCCAAGUCAAAGUUUAGCGCUCGCAUCACACAUGCCAAGCUUCCUCCAAAGCUCAAAAUGCCAACUACAGUAAAAAAGUAUGAUGGUACAACUGAUCCAGAUGAUCAUAUGUUCGAUUUCGACGGAGCCACACGAGUAGAACAGUGGCCGAUGCCAGCGUGGUGUUUCAUGUUCGCGCAAACACUAACCGGAGGUGCCCGAGUGUGGUUUGAUGCGUUGAAUGAGGGAGAGAUCAACAAUUUCGAAGAAUUCCGAAGAUUAUUCCUCCAGAAUUUUAGCCAGCAAAGGCACUACUCCAAAGAAAUCACCGAAGUUCACAACAUUCGGAGAAAGGAUGGAGAAUCUUUGGACAGUUUCAUUGAUCGGUUUAACCGGGAAAGUAUACAGAUCAGUGGGGUAGUUGAUCAGCUACGGAUCUCCGGAUUCUGUCACGGUGUCCGGAAUAAUCAGCUGGUCGAAAAAUUACAUGAAAAUCUCCCAAAGACGAUGGAGGUACUCAUGGAACGAGCCAGAGCUUUUGCUCGAGGCAAAAACGCAUGUAACCCAGCUCCAGAACCAGAUCAUAAGAUGUCUUCCUGGAAGAAAAACGGUGGGUCGGUGUUUGAUAAAACCCCAUCUGGGAGCAGGGGACGAUCGCACCCCUACAGCAGAAACGACAGACCUUCACGGGGAAGAAGUUUCGGGUCAAGGUUUUACAACUUAUCAGAUCUUUCCAAAACUCCUAGUGAAAUUCUCAGUGCGGAAGGGGCAAACUUCCUCGCUCCACCAAAACUCCGAAACCCGGGUGAUAAGAAUUCCAAGAAAUAUUGUGACUACCAUCAUGCUCGAGGUCACAACACAGAUGAUUGCUGGUCCUUGAAGCAAGAAAUAGAAAAAGCAGUGCGGUCCGGAAAGCUAUCGCAUCUAGUAAAAGAAGUAAAGGAAGGAAAAUCUUCGGGAAAUUCGGGAGAUAAUCCGAACAACCAGCCGGCGAUUUGCAUGAUCAGAAGAGCAGACAACCAAGGCAUCAAGCGAUCCAGUCAACACAUGGCCGCUUGGAUGCAGCAACCCAUUGCUUUUCCUCCUAUCAAUCCGGAAGAUAUUAAGGAUGGACCAAUCGUAGUGUCUGCAAUCAUAGCAGGUCACAAGGUCCGGAGGAUUUAUGUUGACAGCGGAAGUGCCACUGAAAUCAUGUACAAGCAGUGUUUUCAAUAG